GCUUAUCGAUAAAACCAGCAAGUCAUCGAUUUUAGACCGAAGCGCUCUGCCAACUGCUGCGCACGGUCACUCUGCAUAAGUAUUUCGUACCGUUUGGACGAGAAAACAUAGAGAAGAGAAAAACACAAGCUCAGCAACGCAUCGAUAUUCGGCACAGUCGCAAGAGCAAAACGAAGUGACAGAAGCUGCGUUUCUUAGCCAAUUACCUGUUCAUUGCAAUCAUGAAGUUCCAAUACAAGGAGGAGCACGCCUUCGAGAAGCGUCGCGCCGAGGGCGACAAGAUCCGUCGCAAAUAUCCAGACCGUGUGCCCGUCAUCGUCGAGAAGGCUCCCAAGGCGCGCAUCGGUGAUUUGGACAAGAAGAAGUACCUGGUGCCUUCCGACCUGACCGUCGGUCAGUUCUACUUCCUCAUUCGCAAGCGCAUCCACCUGCGUCCCGAGGAUGCCCUCUUCUUCUUUGUGAACAACGUCAUUCCACCAACAUCGGCUACCAUGGGCUCCCUGUACCAGGAACACCACGAGGAGGACUAUUUCCUGUACAUUGCCUACUCCGAUGAGAAUGUUUACGGCAUGGCCAGGGUCAACUAACUUUGCUCCGGUCGGAAUGCAUCGGAAAGGAGCCACCCCUAUACAGAAAUCUAUAUAUAAAUAAAAUAUAUUUUGUGUUUAGCAUGCAAGCUUACAAUAUGGACGGCGAGUUAGCUAAACGAAUUGAGGAAAACCGCAGGAAAUGCCACAUGAAAAGAACUUGAAAUUGAUCUGAUACGCAGGGCAACAAAAAAAAAUCCACAAAAACCGAAAACUACAAAAAGAAUUGUUAUGUGAAAAUUAUUUUAUAUAUAUACAUUUUCUAAACGCGUUAGUAUUUCAAUUAAACUCUGCUUUGUGUCCUACCCAUUAACCAAACAACCAACCAACCGACUUUACCCCC